GCUAAGACUCUCGCUUCCAGUUUAGAAAGACACAGUAAAAAAACAAAACACACAAAUACAAAGGACAUCAAUUUGUUUGAAACGACUACAAUCCUUGCAUUUCUCUCUGCGCUAUUGCUUUCCCAAUGUUCUCAUCUUUUUUCCUCUUGAGCCUCCUCAUCGCAAGCACCGUCAUACAGCCAGUGUUUUCUGCUGAAUACAGGAUGUUUCAUAACAUAAGUGAGGUGAAGAACACCACAGAAGUUGUAUGGUUGAGCAGGAGGGGAGACAAUUCCCCCUGCAAACGGCCCUGGACACCCAUUCGAUGUGGCAUCUUCCACCAGUUUACCUUUGUUGGUACGUGUGAUGCAGAAGGACAUUGCUCUUGCCCAGUAGUCUGUCGUGACAUGUGGGGUAUGUUUCCUUUUCCACCUGGCAUUCCACCCCGAAUCGAGGCUUAUGAUGUUAACAGGCCAGAUGGUCUACAUCCUUGGGCUAACUACAGGGAUAAAGCACUCUCCGUUGCUCAAUCUGUAUACAACUGCCUUGCGAAAGACACGACGAGGUUGAUUCGAACGCUGUUAUCAGGGGCUUUUAGCUGGGACGCAGCUGGAGUGAACUCAUACAAUCAGUGGUUUGAGUACAAUGAGGCAGCUAUUGAUAAUUCUACUCCUGUGUAUUGGCACACUCGGGUGUGGAACAAACAGGUGCUGGUGCAUCCUGGCGAUUUCAAGUCGAAGCUCUCAGUCUCGAGCCACUGGUUCAACAGGGGUCUAAGUAUUUGUGUGACUAAGGACAAUGACGAAGGAGAUCUCUUGACUUCCGCAAAGAGGACGCAUGAUGGGUAUAUGAUUUAUUGUGCGACUACCUCAUGGGGAGCUGCAAAGGUCAUAAACGGCAACGAAGGCAGCGCAGUUAUUGAUGUUGACGCGUGUUUUGAUGUGGAUGUGGGUCAACAGAUUGCGCACUGUGUUUUAGUGGAGAUGGAAAGGAGGGAAAGAUUCGAUGUCUGCGCAGGUUGUGAGCAAGGCAAUUUUGAGAAUUGUGUGGCAUAUUCCCUCGGUGGUCACAAGGUUAUUCCGAUUUCUAUCUUUCCCAGCGGAGCAGAAACCAACGCGGCUAUCAGCAAGUACACUGAGUUUCGAGAUAGUUUGUUCGAGGAGAUUAACGUUAUGCAGGGUCCAUUUUUCUGGGCUAGAUCAUUUGCGCAGGAAUUGUGGAACAACCAGUCGAAGGAGCGUCAGAGUGUGUGUCCGACAACUAACUUUGCAUUUGCCCACUUACUUUUAAUUAUUUUGGAUGAUUGUUUUGUUGUUUCUGUAACUUCUUUCCCCGGUCCACGGACUCCCUCUGGCAGUUUAGCCCGCCCGUGUGGUGGGUGCAGAGACCUGGUUUUUUUUUCCCAGUUGGGUGCGAAGAUGGCGGCGCGACGAUGGCGAGGGUUCACGUGA